GUAGGAACUGCUAUCACGAUAGUCCCGUUGUACCUAGCUGAAGUAUCUCCAAUCAAUCUAAGAGGAGCUAUAGGAGUCAUCCAUCAGUUGAUGAUUACCAUUGGUAUCUUGAUUGCUCAGUCUCUAGGAUUGUAUGCCUUCACGGCUUCAGACAGCUGGCCCAUCCUUCUAGGAUUGAUCGGCGUGAUGAGUGCAUUCCAGCUGAUCCUGCUCCCAUUCUGUCCUGAGAGUCCAAGAUGGCUCCUCCUCAACAAGAAUAGGGUGGAGAAAUGCAGACAAGCCCUGAUGAGACUAAGGGGUUCAGAUGACGUUGAAGAAGAGAUCCGGGAGAUCCGAGAAGAGGGACAGAAAGAGGCCAAUGUGGAGGAGGAGAAGGUUGGAAUCGUUGAUGUGAUCACCCUCAAGGAUUCGGAUUGGAAGAUGCCUUUGCUUAUCUGUAUGGUCCUACAAGGAGGACAGCAGCUGUCUGGUAUCAAUGCUGUCCUCUUCUAUGCCACAGAAAUCUAUUACCAGACCGGUAUGGGAGAAGAGGAGGUUGCCUACGCCACCAUCGGAACCGGUGCCAUCAAUGUUGUCAUGACGAUUAUAUCAGUAUACAUGGUUGAACGUGCUGGACGUCGUAUAUUGACCGUGGUCCCCUUCGGGCUAAUGGCUAUAUGCUUAGCCUUGUUGACCGUCAGUUUAAAUCUCCAGCCCACCCUUGAUUGGAUGAAAUGGCUCUCUCUUAUCUUCAUCUACGCCUACAUUAUAUCAUUUGCUGUUGGUCCAGGACCUGUACCGUUUGUGAUUGUUCCUGAGCUCUGGACCCAAGGACCCCGCCCGGCUGCCAUGAGUAUCGCUAUCCAGACAAAUUGGUGGUGCAACUUCCUCGUCGGUCUUACUUUCCCAUUUAUUCAGGAAACCAUCAAGGCAUACUCCUUCCUGGUCUUCAUGUUCUUUGUGAUACUAACCACCAUCUUCUCCUACUUCUACGUUCCCGAGACGAAGAACAGGACGUUCGACGACAUCAUCAGCGGCUUCAGGAAGGGGAAGUCAAAGAAGGGCGGCGGUGAUUACGAGCUCCAAGACAACGCCAACAAAGCAUGAUGAUGCUCAUCUAGACCGUAUCAUAUGUAGUGUGAAGUCCAAAACCCUACGGUGCAGCCUAUCUUGUCUAUCCAUACUUACAUCUGUAGUAGUCUGUAGUGGUCACUCGUCUUGUGGUCCAGGGAUGCCACUCUUCAGACUUAAGUCCGAAUUCAGACCCUUUGCAACAUACUUUCGGCCUUAGAAAACACUUUUUCAUGUAGGAAAAGUGGUUAUUGUACGUGUAGAUGAUUUUCAGUCUGUGUUUGUCAAGCCUCAGUGGUAGUCCUGUGUGAUCGCCUGUAUGUAGUGCCACCUGUAUGCAGAGGUCACCUGUAUGGAGCGGUCACCUGUAUGGAGCGGUCACCCGUAUAGAAUGGUCACCUGUAUGCAGGGGUCACCUGUAUGCAGUGGUCACUUUUAAGUCUUUCCUCCCUGAGAGCUAGCAUGCAAUUCAAGGGGGACGCCGAAAUUACUCAGUGAUCGCUUUCCUGGUGGAUCCCAUUAAUUGUUUUACAUUGGUAGCUAUAAAGUCAAAUUUGACAACAACAAAUAAAUUGUGUGCAUCGGAAAGAGUGUAUUUUUAAAUAAAUGUUUGAUUCGUAAUACCCGACUAGUAUUUAAUUUGCAUAAAAACUUCAUAUUCUCGGUUCUGGGAUGAACAAAAACGAUCAAAGUGAUAUGAAAUAUCUGUGGAAAGACAUUGAUGAAAAUGUCGUCAAUUUCAGAAAGAUUUUCCUCGUAUAGGUGUUAAAGACAUGCCUCUCUUUCCUUCAUACUGUACAUGAAAAUGUGGGUUGAUCUGUCAAAGCAGAAUUACUUCUUACACUGAAUCAGUCAAAUGUUGCCUUAACCACAUGCGGUGGUCAGGCUUUAAAAGCAUAUUACAUUAAAAAAAAAUAGAUUCAUCGUUGCCUCCCAAUGCUUGCACAUUUUCGAGUAGGCCCUUGAACAUAAUAUAGAGGGAUGCCACACUACAUAUAAACCUACGGCUGAAUUCUAGUUGUAGAAAAGAAUAUAUAUAUACAUAUAGACAUACAUGUAUAUAUGUAUGUAUGUACACAUAUGUAUAUAUGUAUUCAUAUGUUUAUGUAUAUUAUAUACAUACCUGUAUCUAUGUAUUUUAUCGGGUGAGAAACAAAAUGGUGUUGUAGAGAUUUGUUUUGAUAACUCCCCUUUGUUUCUCACCCGUCGGUCUUAUGCUGAGAGGCAUAAAGGCACUGAUUCAUUUUCUUUUCAACCAAAAAUGAUGCCCUUAUGUCAUUCAGCAGAUGUCUCAUGUAUAAAGCUGGAGCAAGAAGGAUGUUGUGUCAUAAUGACUUUCUUCCUCUUAAUAUGAUAUAUACAAAAAACCUUGUAGAAUUUAAUUGGCUUUUCAUUACCAUUGUCAACCUAAAA